GAACUUUAAUUUAAAAAAAAUUGAUUUCAUCAAUUAGAAUUCCAUUUAAUUUUAAAGUUGAAUUUUGAUAAAUUUAAUCUCAUUGCUAUUUAAUUUAUGUCAUGACAAUUUGUAUUUCCUAAAACCAACUCAUAACAAACCCGAUUUCAAAAGGAGUAUUACUUUUGGAAUUUGGAAUUAGUGCAUGUUCAGAACAAUUUCAAGAAGUCGAUCGAUAGCAGCUUCCUUCUGUAGUGAGUUCGAGUCAUUUGAGAGAGAGAGAGAGAGAGAGAGAGAGAGAUGGGAUUUGGUGCUCUGAGGACCAUAGUUGGACCUGCGGUCAGAACCCUAGUAUGCCGAAGUUCCGUUUGCUCUCCGGCGACAUCGCCGGGUCUAGUACCAGAGCUCCGAUGUCUUCUCGGGUCAUUCCACCAGCAAUCUCCAUCGACGCCGGCGUGGAGCUGUUUUCAUAGUUUGACGGACACUCGAUUCCCAAAGAGAAGGCCCAGCGACAAACCUCGCAGGAAGAGGGCAACCUUAAGACCCCCAGGGCCUUAUGCUUGGGUUCAGUAUACGCCUGGUGAACCAAUACUUCCUAAUAGACCCAAUGAAGGAAGUGUUAAAGCAAGAAAGGAAAAAAAGCGGAGAAGGCAACGGCGUGCAUUCAUAUUGGCUGAAGCAAAGAAGCGGAGAGCUCAAUUGAAGGAGGCCAAAAGGAAAAAGAAUAUUAAGAGGAUAGAGCGUAAGAUGGCGGCGGUGGCAAGGGAUAGGGCGUGGGCUCAGAGACUGGCAGAACUGCAGCAGUUUGAGGAAGAAAAAAAGAAAUCUGUGGCUUGACAAAUGCCUUCUUGCAAAACAUUUCUGGGAGCAACUGAGAUGCUGAUUUCUUUCCAUGUCUAUGUGAAUGAAACAUGAACUCAACGAAACCUGAUAUCACUGAACUGAAACGGAAGAUAGAUUUUUCUCCAUCAUCAAUUCUUCUAUAAUCAGCCUCAUUGGGUCCGCCAUCUUUCAUUUGUGGGCUUAAUACGCUUGCAAGAAAAUUAUGAAGUACUGGACUUUUCUAAUCCAAGGGGUUUUAUUAGUGUUAUCUUGUUUUGAAAUCACCUUCUGUUCUGCUUAGCCGAAAAUUUUCUGAUAUUUGAAGUUUGGUUUGCUUUGUUCUUUUGAAUCCCUAUUAAUCAGAUUCACUAAUCCCCCAUUUGGAUCAUCUUAAAAAAAGUAAUUUUUUCUGAAAA